AAAAAAAAAAAAAAAAACCUCACUCCUGUAUUUUUUUCAAGGUGCUCGAUUGAUCCGUUGAAUUUUUCAAGGUGCAUCAUCUUUCCAAAUAACUCAGAAGAAAGGAACAAAAUAAGUUAAAUAAUUAUUAUAAUAAUAAUAAUAAUAGUAAUGACUUAAGAAGAAUUAGUGAUGGCCGGCAACCGAGUUCUGGUGGAUUUGCACAGCGUAACUGGUCAAGGCCCGAAGUUUCUGGAGAUAAUAAUACAAAAUGUUUCCUUGGUCGUUGACUGGUUAUUUAAAUCGUAAUCAUCCUCAAAGGAAUUGCCUCUCAUUCCAUCAGGUUAUUGAAUUGGUCUCCUUCUCACUCCAAUAAAUAAUACAGUUAGAAACAACAAACACGAUAUAGCGUUGAACUUCAUUCAAGUAUGCAUCAAGCCUGGCCACCAAAAGGGCCACAAGCCUCUGCAAAUGAAGAAGACGCCAAGUCCACAUCUCAGCCGGCCAAACCAAAGGAAACAUGAAGCAUCUAUCUCCGAGAUGGAGCGACCAUCAACGCCACAUAAGUACCAUCAGAAGAAUCAGUCUGCCUUGAACUAUAUCAAAGCUGCAGCCAAGAAAUUGGCAGGAGUUUUCUCAACCUUGGCUUUUCUCACCCGCCCAACGAAGACUAAGGGAGCUCCUGCCACACCUGAUGGCAGCAGAAACUAUGGCCAACCUCCUGGGAUUUCCUGCAGUAACAAUAAGAGAUCAUCAAGGUUCAAGUACUCUGACUCCUAUGGCUCUUCCGAUGCUGCAAGUGGGCAGCUGGUUACAGAGAAUUUCUCCAUUGAAGAGAUCAACAAAGCAACCCAAAAUUUCUCCCCGGCAAAUAAAAUUGGAGAAGGCGGGUUUGGAACGGUGUAUAAAGGGAGGCUCGGGAAUGGAUCCCUCGUUGCUAUAAAGCGUGCAAAGAAGAACAUGUAUGACAAGCGCUUAUCACAGGAGUUCAAGAAUGAAAUCCUUACUUUGUCGAAGAUUGAGCAUCUGAAUUUGGUGAAGUUAUUGGGAUAUCUGGAGCAUAAAGAUGAAAGGAUUAUCAUAAUUGAAUAUAUUGGCAAUGGAACACUAAGGGAACAUCUGGAUGGUACUCAAGGGCUUGAAAUUGCAGAGCGUCUGGACAUUGCAAUUGAUGUAGCUCAUGCAGUUGCAUAUCUACACAUGUACACAGAUACUCCCAUAAUCCAUAGAGACAUCAAAGCAUCAAACAUCCUUAUCACAGAGAAACUACGUGCCAAAGUAGCAGACUUCGGGUUUGCCCGGUUGGCAGCAGAGGAUCCAGGUGCCACUCACAUUUCAACUCAGAUCAAAGGAACAGCAGGCUAUUUGGACCCGGAAUACCUCAGGACAUAUCAACUUACUGAGAAGAGCGAUGUUUACUCCUUUGGCGUGUUGCUUGUAGAAAUGGUGACAGGAAGACACCCCAUUGAAUCAAAGAGACCGCUCAGUGAGAGAGUGACCACAAGAUGGGCAAUGGAGAAACUGAAAGAAGGGGAUGCAGUACUUGCUAUGGAUCCAAAACUGCGAAGGAAUCCAGCAUCAAACGAGGCAGUUGAGAGAGUCCUUAAACUCGCUCGCCAAUGCCUUGCUCCUCUCAGACAAUCAAGACCCUCCAUGAGGAAAUGUGCUGAAGUUUUGUGGGGAAUCCGAAAGGAUUUCAGAGAGAAAGCUUUCUCUUAUUCUCCUUGUCCUAGCUCUCACCGUUCUGAUAAUUUUCUCAAUAAAGACGCGAGAAAGAAUCGUCACCAUGCUUUCGGCCUAGAAGAUUGUGACAGCUACAAAUUUGUUUCUGCAUGAGUGUUUGAUUAUGACAUUUGUCCAUAUCCUUAUUAAUGUAUAAAUCUCAAAUUUAUAUAUAAUUUAUAUAAUUUUUUGGGUGCA